AUGGUUUGCGGCGACGGGACUACAGGAGUUGUUGUUCUUGCUGCUGAGCUGCUGAGGGAGGCUGAGCAGCUUGUGGAGAAAAACAUACAUCCCCAGACUAUCAUCAGCGGCUACCGCAAAGCAGCAGCAGCAGCAAGGAAGCAACUUGCUGCUGUUGCUUUUGGGGUUUCAGAUGAAGACUCUCUUCGGACUUGUCUUUUAAAUGUUGCAAGAACCACUUUGUCUUCCAAGUUGCUGCCUGCAGACAAGGAGCACUUUGCGAAGAUUGCAGUGGAUGCAAUUUUGCGGAUAAGAGACAAUUGCGCCUCUUUGGAUUUAAUUCACAUUUUGAAAAAGCCUGGAGGUUGCAUGAAAGAUUCUUUCUUGGAUGAGGGUUUUAUUCUUGAAAAGAAAAUCGGUGUGGGCCAGCCCAAGAUGAAGGAGAACUGCAAGGUGAUGGUUGCGAACACCCCCAUGGAUACCGACAAAAUUAAAAUAUUCGGCGCGAGGGUUCAAGUGGAUUCUUUCGAAGCUGUUCACGAAAUAGAACUUGCAGAAAAAGAGAAAAUGAAGCAAAAGGUGGAGAAGAUCCUGGCGUACAAGUGCGACGUGUUCAUAAACCGCCAACUCAUUUAUAAUUAUCCAGAUCAGCUUUUCAAAGCUGCUGGAGUCUCAGCAAUUGAGCAUUCGGACUUCGACGGAAUGGAGAGACUUGCUGCAGCUCUUGGCGCGGAGAUUCUCUCCACCUUCGACAACCCUUCCGAGGCGCCGCUCGGCUUCUGCGCCAAAAUGGAAGAAAUUGUUAUUGGAGAUGAUACGGCCAUUAGGUUCUCCGGUUGCAGAGCAGGCGGAGCGUGCACUGUGGUGCUGCGGGGCAGCAGCGAGCAGGGUUUGGAUGAAGCUGAGAGAUCUCUUCAUGAUGCUUUAGCGAUUUUGUCUCAGUUGGUGCUGCAGCAGCAGCAGCAGCGGCGGCAGCAGCGGGAAGCAGCAACAGCAGCAGCAGCAGCAGUCAGUGGCGGCAUUGCUGAGGGUUUCUUGCCUUCUGAGCAGCAGCAGCUGCUGCUCGUCUGUGGGGCCGGAGCAGCAGAAAUGGCCAUGGAAGCAGCAGUGUCUCGCCUGGCCACCACAAUACCUGGCAAAGAAAGCUUGGCCGUGGAGGCGUACGCGCGAGCCCUUCGCCAGAUUCCUACCAUCAUUGUUGACAACGCAGGGCUGGACAGCGCGGAAAUAGUAUCGCAGCUGCGGGCGCAGCACCACGAGGGUUUGUGGAAUAGGGGGGUUUGUCUCGAGGGUUUAGGAGGAACCCUCGAUGCAAAAGAAAAGGGGAUUUUAGAAGCUUAUAAAAGCAAACUUUCGCAGCUUUGCUUCGCCACUGAGGCCGCAGAGAUGAUCAUCCGAGUGGACGACAUCAUCCGCUGCGCCCCCCGGGAGCGGUCGGGCAUGUAG